UGUAGGGGGAGCUUCGCAAAUCUUACUGAGUUCUGCUUUAAGUUUUAGGCAUAUAUUUAGUAACAAAACUAUUAGAACUUUCAAGACUGCAAUCGCGCUUUCAGGAUUUACAGUAUUAGAUAAAUUUUUUUUCUGAGAUGUAAAUGCUAAUAAUAACAUAAAUUUAUUGUUGUUGUAAUUGUUUUUAAUAUUUAUGAUUGCAGGGGCAACUUAUUAUUAGUAUCAUAAUUAACAAUAAUAAUAAUGUUUUUAUUAUCGUUAUUUUUAUUUAACAAUCAAAUAGUCUGACAAAUAGUCUAAUUUUUUGUUUUUAUAUUACACUUCAAGGCCUUGACAAAGUUGCAAAUGUUGAGCAAAUGAUUGAUUAAUCUAUUUUCUGACAAUGGAAACAGAGGGCUCAGAUGAGCUGAUGGAAUUUGGCAGAAAAUUGUUCCUCUUUUUUUGGCCUGGAUCAUUGUCAGGAUGUUCUUGGUGAUGCAACUUGUCAGAAAAGCCUAUGAUUGGAUUUACUCCGACAGACCAAUCCUGAAGCUAGAAUGAAGCUUGAUUCAGAAAAAAAAAGAAAAAGGUGUAGUGCAUCUUUCUUUUGCGAAGAUAACCGCUUCACACUCAUUGUGAUCAGCCAGUUGAAGAAGCAGGAGCAUCUAGCAAAAUGUCUCAUGAUGGAAUGUCCAGAGAGGAAUAUGAGGAAUAUCAGAAGCAGAUGGUGGAGGAAAAGAUGGAGAGAGAUUCAGAAUUUGCUACAAAAAAAGCAGAGAGGGCUUGUUUGAGGACUUGUUUAAGAGACAAAUAUCGACUCCCAAAGAGCGAACAGGAUGAGAUUAUGAUUCAGCAGGCCGGAGAUGACAUUGACGUGCCAGAAGAACUGAUUAAGAUGGUGGAUGGAGAAGCGCCAGUGGAGGAGGAAAAGGAAUCCAUCAUGGGUCAAAUGCAGAACCUUCAGAACAUGGAUAUGGGGCAGAUCAAAGAAAAGGCUCAGGCCACGUUUGUGGAGAUGAAAUCCAAGGCUGAGGAGAAGUGCACUGUUAUGUAAUGUGUAGAAGACGUUAAAGUUAUCUAGUUGUCGAAUUCUGACACUCAUUUACUUAU